AUGAACAGUGUCGAGAUUUCAACGCAAAAAAUUGAGAUGGAUAAGGUCGAAUCAGAGCGCAAUAUUAAUCUGGAGCGACUGCUAGCACUCGAAAAUUGGAUAGCAACUGGGCAAGAGCUGCCAAAAUAUCACUCUCUGCGAGUAUUUGGGGGAAAUCGUGUGGUGAGCUGGAUGAUGAAAGAAGAUCGAAAGAAAUCGAAAAUCCCCGUCUUAUAA